AUGGUUUUUCUGGAACAUGGAGAAGACGAGGAGAACACCGCGCUGGCUGACAUGGUCGGGCGCUUCGUCAUGAUACAUUGGUCUGCAGAAGAAGUGCGACACUCGUUUAAUCAUAUCAUCGGAGGGAUCGAGGAUGGACAUUUCCUUCUCGUGCCUGGGAAGCUACUGCGCAACGGGUCUUUGCGUGACUACGAAAGAGCUGAGCCCUGCGCAGCAGUUGGCACCCCUGGCAGUGCUUUUGUGGGCCGCGUCUUUGCGCACUGA